UUACAAACUGUAAAAAAUGUGGCCAACCAAUGUUUAUUGCAUGUGGAUUUUAAGACCCAACAAGAUUUCAGCAUGUAUAUUGAAUCCAAACAGAAAGAAUUGGACGGUAUCUAUGAUGUACUUCAUACAAAAUUGGAUCAGUUCACUAUACAUUCAAUUUAUUCUAAUAUUUAUAUGAAACAAUUAAACAGUAUUUUAGAGAGAUUGGGUAUUAUACGUGAAGAAAUAAUUAAACCCAUAACCAUUGAUCUGAUCAAUAAAAAUUCAAACAAUAUUGUUUCACUUAUUAAUAGCCAUGAUUUAAAUACUUCAGAAAUUUAUCAACUACGAGAAGAAGCUCUACAAUUAAUUUCAAAUAUAACUUCAAUUGAGUUAAAAUCAAUAAUUUUGAAAGAUCCAAAUCAUUAUAUCAACUUGAUAAUUCAUAUAAAAUGGAAAUUUCAAGAAUUAAAUAAUUUAGAAUUUCAUCAUGAAAGUAUUCAAUUAUUCAAUAAUCAAUUAACUUUAUUCUAUUCAUCUUUAAUUAAUAAUGAUAAUAAUAAUACAUCAAUUCAACAACAAAAUAACUGUGAUUCUAUUAAAAGUUUAGCUUCUAGACGAAGAGAAUUUUUAAUUCAAUACGAUAUACAAUGUAAAUUCUUCUUUGAAAAAUUAAAUUUGAUUAAAGUACAAUUUGAAAUUAUCAAACAAAUGUUCUCAUGUUGUAUGAAACAAGAUAUUCUUAAUAAUAGUGAUGAUUUAAUAGAUUCACAUUCAUUACAAUCACCAUUUAUCAAUGUUUAUGCAUGUUUCAAUACUAUGAAACAGUUCUUAAAAUCAUAUUUUGAACAGUUGAAAAAAAUCGAAUCAUUUAUUAAAACAAUUGAAUACGACCCAAUCUUCUUAAUUUCAAUGACAAUACAACGCGUACUUACAAACGAGUCAAAACAAUUGAUUAAUAAUGAAUUAUGUAAUAUUUAUCAGAUGAUAAUAUCAAACGUGAUUUAUUGUGAACGACAAAUUAAUUGUAUCGGAUAUCUAUUGAAUCGAGUUGAACGCUUAUUUAGGGAAUAUGAACACUACUAUAAGUCAGUUAUUGAUAAGAUCUCAAACGAUUUCUAUUCACUAAAACAAAUAAAAGAUUAUAUUGGGAUAUUAGAUGCUUUUCACUACUGGAUAAAUCAAGUGGAAGGUGAAUUUCAAGCGAUCAAACAAAAUGGUGAUACAUACACUUUGACAGAUAUUUAUUAUACGAAAGAAAUGCAAAUUUAUAUGGAACCUUUGUAUGAAUCUGUUGUGAUACAUUUGAAGCAAGCGAGGGAUAUCAUAGUCAGUCGCUUAACCAAUCUACAUAAUCGUUUAACUGUAUUAAAUCAAUUACAAAUUAAUUUUAUACAACAUUGGAAUUACAAGCCUUCCAUUCAUCGUUACCGUACUCAAAGUUUAUCCUCUAAUACAGCUUUAAAAUGUCCUCCGGUAAAGAUAAAAAUUCAUAAACGAUCCAAUUCAUCAUCAUCAUCAUUAAUAACAAGUUUCCAUCCUACAGACAUUAUUACAGAUCAUCCAAUCAGUUUAACAUAUUUUUUAGGGAAGAACGAUCUGUCACUGAAUUGUUCGUCAAGUUUCUUCAAGAAUAAGAAAUUGAUUAGAAACAAUGAUGCACUAAUUACUGACAUAAUUUGUAAUUUCAAGCAUUCGAGGAAUUCCAUACAAUCACCAUGCACUGAAUCAACUUCAUCUACUUUAUGUUAUUCACAAAAUGAAGAAAAUAACUCAAAUUUGGAAGAAAUAAGCACACAAAUUAUCACAGAAACAUUACCGGAAGUUAUCAAUUCAAAGAAUAAUUCACCUGAUAGAAUCAUGUCAUUCCCUACAUCAAUCAGUUUUGACGAGGAUUUCAAUCUUACACAUGAUAAUGGUCAUGUUAUAAAAGAUUGGACAACUAAGAAGGAAAAAUUGAUCGAGAAUUUUUCAAGUUUUAUUCAGGAAUAUGAGGUUUGUAGUAAAAACAAUACACCUAUUCAAACUGAGAACAGGUUGGAGGAUAGAUGUACUAAACAGUUCCACUCUGACGAUCACUAUUUCGGUUCAAUGAAAGAAACUUCGCAUAAGGGAAAUUCGUAUGCUUUCGUUCCAUCAUAUUUGCACAUAUCCAAUGAUAUUGAUGCUUCAUCAUUAUCCUCAUGUAGUACAGAAAAAGGUGCCAACUUUAUGUUGAAUGGCUGUUCACUGCAUACAUUGCUUUCAAAGUCGUAUAACAAUUUACUACAGAUUACCAAGAGAUUUCAAUCAAGUUUAAUCAAUUUUAACAAAACCAAUCUUACAGUAUUAAACAAUAUCAAUUUAGAUAAUGAGUUGAAUAUCGAUCAAAAUAUCUUUGAUGAUGAAACUCAGCUAUCUAUCUUCAAUCCACUUCAUUCUCCAUUGGUAAUCUAUUUAGAUCGUAUGCUGAACUACUUCAAUACUACAUCUGAUAAAAAUGAUUUAACUACUGAACAAAAUGAAUUAACAUUUAUAGAACAUAAUCUAACCAAUAUGUGGAAAUACUUUAACGAAAUUAUUUUAAAUAUGAAAAUGAAUAGUAAACAGUUUAACUUAGCUGAUGAUUUCAUGAAAUUGGUGGAUAAUAACAUGGUAACCAUUUAUUUCGAAAAUACAUCUUCUGAUUUAUUUGAUCAAUUAAUCAUAUUGACUAAUGAAAUUCAUUCAUCAAUUAGAGAUUUAAAUAAACAUUUGUCAAAAUUAUCCUCUUUUGAGCAUGAACCAUUUCCAUUACCAAAUUUAUGGUGUACAUUAUUUAAAACAACAGAUUUAUUAUGCAUAGAAAUGAUUUAUUCACGUAUUUUGAUACUUAUUUUCUACUUUGCCUAUAAAUCAUUGUUAUUUAUUUAUGAUAUAUUAAGUGUGUAUAGUGUUAGUCGAAUAAAGAAUACAUUUAAAAGGAAUUCGAGUAAUAACUUCAUGGAUACUUCAAAUAACAAUUAUCUGAUAAUUUUAUUAAAUGAAUUCAAUUACUUACAAUAUAUUUUAAAUCAAAUAAAUCCAUCUAAUUCUUAUCAUUCAAUCAAUCAACAAUCUAAUGAAUUUUUAAUACAAUUUACUACAAUUUAUUUAUUAAAUAAAUAUAAUUCUGAUCAAUAUUCAAUAAAUUUAUUUAAUCUAUUAAAUUCAUUUAUUGAUUGUUUUAAUCAAUCAAUUAAUUUUCCAUUAAAUAUCAUUAAAACAAUACAAAGUAAUGUCAAAUCAAAUGAUCCCAUUCAUGAUAAUGAUGAUGAUGUUAUAAUGUCGAAUAAUACAUUGAAAAAUCUAAUCAUCAUGGGUUCAUCUAGCUGUGUGAAAACAUCAAUAACUAUGAAUUCAUUAAAAACUGUACACAUUUUCAAAUAUUUAUUCAUUGUCAUUGAAUUGUUAGUUAAUAUACCAGUAUUAACAAUGAAAGAAUUAGAAAAUAGAUAUAAUAAGAAUUUGGCCUUAUUUUCUCAGAUUUAUUCUAUUUGUUAUCGAUUACAUCUCCUGAACGAAUCCAGCAAUACUGCGACAGUGGAUAACCAACCACUACAGUAUGAAGAAUGUAAAUCACGUAUUCAACAACAACAAAUUACAGAUCUUAUCACUCAAGGUUUAGAUUUAAACCAUAAAUUAAUGAUAUGGUCUGCAAACUGUCAUAGUCUGCUAGACCGAUGGAAACGAUUAAGCACUCAAGUAGAUUGGUUCAAUGUGCAUAUACAAAACUUAUGGAAUCGAUUACCUGAAACACCAAUGCCAAAUCCACCUCAAUUCAAGUUGGAUUACCUACUAUUAGAGACUAAUAAAAAGAAUCAGUUUAUUAAUGAUAUAAAAUUUAUAUCACCAAUUCAAGUAUCGUACAAUAUUUUAAUUUCUGCAAAUUCUCUAGAUGCAUUAUUAUACUAUAAAAGUUGGAUAGAAAACAUUUUUAAAUCUUUUAAAAGUUUAAUGCCUAUUUGUGAAGCUAUUUUGUGUGAAGGUCACUCAUUGACUAAUGAAUUACUUCAUAUAAAUACAAUGAAUAGUCAUGAAAAUGUUGUAGAUAUUAUCGAAGGUGCUCAGAAGACGUCAUCAUCUUCGGAAUCUUUCAAUCAUAAUGAUAAAAAUAAUGAUAAUAAUAAUACAUUUUGGAAUAAAGAGUUUAAAAUAUUUUGGGAUUUAGUAAUUGAAUGGUUGUUCAAUUUACUAGUUGAAUUCAAUCAACAAAUUUUCUAUAUUCAAUCAUUAGAAAAUUGUAUAAAUGAUUUAACAUUAUGGAUUACAUCAAAAAAGAACCAACUUGAUCCUAUUAUGAAACAAUAUAAAAUUCAAAUGAAACAAUAUCCAAAUGAUUUAUAUCGAAAUAUCAAAAGAUUCAAUGAAAUUGAUUUCAUCAUUAGUGAUUUAUAUGUAAAUGAGAAAAUGGUUCAAUUAAACAAUUUAAAAUUGUACAUUGAUCAAUUGAACAAGAAUCCAUUACAUUGUCAAAAUUAUUUAUUUUAUUCCCGUCUUAUGAAUUCAAGUCAAUGGAUUAUUAAAGUUUAUAAUGAUUGUCUUUUAUAUUAUAAACAAAUUCUAGAUCAUUAUCAACAAAUUAUUCUAAGAAAUAUUCUACAGUUGUCUAUUAAUAAUGAAAACUAUUCAACCAUUUUCAAUGUACUAUACUACUAUCAUUCUCAAGAUUGGUUCAAUUUAAUCAUGAAAAGAUUCUCUGAUCAUGAUUUAAGAUUUAUUCAAUUGAAUGGAAUCUCUAAUCAAAUCCUUUAUGAUAUAACUCAAAAUCUAUAUCGUCAAUUAGAAAUUCGUUUACCUAUUCUCUUAGAAUUAUACAAUUUAGAACAACAAUUAUGGAAACAUUAUAAAGAUUGUGAUGAUGAUAGUAAUAAUAAUACAAUAAUUUCUUAUUCAGAACAACUCGUUCAAUGCAAGAAACAUAUGGAAACAUUGAAACAAGUUCAAAUCAAUUUGUUAACUGAUCUUAAUGAAUAUGAACAAUUAAAUUUGUGUUUUAAUCAAUUAUUCAUUGAAAUUGAAGUGUUCAAUAUAAAAUAUCCUGAUAUGACGAUAUAUACAGAUGUAGAUAAGAAUUUUUUCUCAAAGUAUAUUUUUAUUGAACUAUUGAAUGUGAAAAAGACCAAUGAAAAUUUAAGAAAACAUUUUAAUUUACGUUUAAUAUUAUUAAAAAAUAAAACUGAACAAUUUAUAUCCAAUUCAAAAUUAACACAAAUGAAUACAUUGAAAUUAAUCAUUGACCUUUAUAAAAUUCCCAUGAAUCAAAUCAAUCAAUAUUUAUUUAAAAAUGAAACAUUGAAUACCCUAUUAGAAAAAUUAAAUUUUAUCAAUGUUCAAUUAUAUAACAAUAUUAUUGAAUAUAAUGAUUCUGUUGAAAAUGAUCAAUUAUUGUUAUCAAAUAAUAAUAAUAAUAAUAAUAAUAAUAAUAAUAAUAAUAAUAAUAAUAAUAAUAAUAGUGAUUGUUUAACAUCAGUAGUCAUUGAAAAUUUAGUUAAAUUUUACCAAUUUUCACAUCAAUUAAUUCAUUUAUAUGGACGAGUAAAUUUUCUACAACAAAUAAGUGAACAAUUUAAUUUGAUCAAAAAUUUUCAUGAUUCUAAAUCAUUCGUCCAUGAUCAUGAUCAUCGUCAUCAUCAGUUGAUCACAUCUUUAUUGUUAAAUUUUCUGAAUGAAAUUCAUGUAUUAAAGAGAUAUUGGGCAUAUAAUGAGAAUAAUGAUAAUGUUAUGAUUCAGACUGAUCAGUCGACUUUCCAACAAUUUAUAAAUUAUGGUCAAAGAAUUUUGGAUUUAUGUCAAUGUGAUUUGAAUUGUUUCAUUUGUGAAUAUAUUCAGUUAUCCACCAAGUCAUUACUAACGGAAUUUACUACAGUUCGUCUUACUGUAGUAGAAAGACUGGAACAGCUUUAUUCCAAUCUUCAAAUCCAUAUCGAUCAGUUCGGAAAGUCUCAGACACUUUACGCGAGUAUUAUGCGUCAAUUAAAGCAAUCCAAAGAUAUAUGUGAGGCAAAUAUUAAAGAGUUGUUAAUUGAUAAUCAUUGCAUAUGUAGUUCACAUCUACAUAGUAAUAUUGUUGCGAAUACCAACCUUAACCUUGAUAAUCCUGUUUUUGAUCACAUACCGCCUAGUUUAUCUUUGAUUAAUCUAGCUAAAUCUGCUUAUCAACAUACUUUAUUGUCUAAUGUAAAAGAAUUUUCUACUAAAUCGAUUAAAGAAUCAACAUUUUCAUUGAAUGAGGAGAUUUCCAAUUUGAUUCAAUUAACAAACCUAUAUUUAUGUCGAAUAAAACAUGAACGUAUACAUUGGAUAAAUUCAAUAGAAUAUUUACAAUCAAUUCAAUUGUAUCCAACUGGUGUAUUAUCAUCGAAUGAAAACGAAUUGGAACUUUGUAAUUCUCAAACUGACAAUAUCAUGAAUUUAGUGGAAACAAUUAAAAAUACUAUUUCAAUUAAUUUAUUCAAUGGUGGCAUUCACAAUUUGUAUAAUUUAUUAUCAUCUAAGUCAAUAAUGUUCAAUGUAAAAUUAGAAUACUUCAAUAACUUCAUGAAAUAUUUCACUAAUGAUAACAUGAUCAACAAGAAUGUGAUGAACAGCAAAGAUGAUUGUUAUAGUUGUGUAAAUUCAUAUCUGUUACAAAGAUUUAGUUUAUUAGAACAAAAUAUUAUCCGUUCAAUCGAGAGUUUGUUUGUAACAACCAAUGAACAUCCAUUCAAAUUCAAAUUAGAUGAUAUUAUCAAACAGUGUAUCAGUGUGAAUUCAUGGUAUAAUGAAUAUAUUCAAUUAGAACCAUUAUUCAUUUAUGUUUCUACGUACUCAUUCACUGUAAAAAGAUCUCAUCAGACCAUCUGUAACCAAAUUAACAAUGCUGCUAGUUUGCCAAACACUAUUUUGACAAGUGAUUGGCUUAUUCUUGGUAUUCGUUUACAUCAGCUUAAAUCAGUGUUACAUAUCAUUAUGAAUCAAUGGAUAAAUUUUGUAUCUGUAUGCAAUAAUAUUAAUGCUUUGUUAAAUAAUAUGGAAUUAUCAAAUGUUAUGAAUCAAGUAUAUCCACAGAAAUCCGGAUUUUCAUAUAUACAUCAGUCUUUAUGCUCUUUUAAUUAUCAAGAGGUGAUAGACGAGUUGAAAAGACAACAAAUAUUAUUCAACAGCCUAUUUGUUAACGAAGAGAAAAACUGUUCACAUGAUGUUACCAAUGGUUUGAUGGAAACAUUUCAAAAUUCAUCAUCUUCAUCGUCUAUCGUUCCUGAUGAAGUGAAUGAUGGUAUUAUACACAAUUGUUAUAUAACGAAUGAGAUAUUUCUUCCAUCUAGAUGUCCAGUAUUCUGUACAAUAUGUCAUAGAAAUCCUUUUAUAGAUAAUAAUAUUAAUAGUGUAUCUUCCAUGAAUGUGUUAAUCAAUGAACAAGAAGAACGUCUCAAAGCUUUAAAUAAAUACAAAGUUGACGACAAAAAGAAUACAUUAAAUUUUGAACAAAAUCAAAUUUAUUUAACUACAUUACAACGUCGAAUAGAUAUGAUUUCAGAAUGGAUUAUACAUUUUAUAGACGAAACAGUACUAUCAUCAUCAUUCAAUGAUGAACUCAAAGAAAAUGCAGAAAUGUAUGUAGAUCAAUUAAUGAAAAUUGAAGAGUUACUUCAAAUUUGUCACAGUGAAUAUGAAAAUAAUAUUGUUUAUUAUGUUAAUGAUAUCAAUGUACAAAUACAAUUAGAUUUAUCAAUACUACUUAUAAAUUGUCUACAAGUAUAUAUUAAUCAGUUAACACAAAAGAUUAAAUAUGAAUGUGAAGAGAUUUUAAUAUAUAUCAAGACAAAUGUGAAAUAUUUAAUUGAACAAAUGAAAAUGAUGUUAUCAGUUGAUGUUGAUGAUAUUAUGUGUAUACAAUAUCCAUGUUAUCAAAUUAAUCAGAGGAGAUGUACUUCAUUGAACAAUAUUCAGGAAAUUCAGUUCAAAUUGUUGUAUAUGACAUGUAUUCAUAAUCAUUUGGUUAAUUUAUGUAAAAUAGUCAAUUGGAGCAGCAUAAAUGCUCAUUCGGAUACAACAGUUUUACUGCGUCAAUUUUGUUGUUCCUAUACUUAUUUAAAUCGAAUAAAUCAAUACCUUGAAUACUAUAAUAAUACUUAUCAAGAUGAAACUACCGUUUCAAUAAAACUGGGGUCUGGUUCGACAUUAUCUGCUUUGAAUUCACUUCAAGAAGGAUCGAGACAGAAAAAUUCUAUAGAGUAUCCAUUACUAUAUCCUUUACACAUUGAAUAUAAAUUACAUAAGAAAUAUAUCUUAUCAAUAAAUGAUGAUGAUAAGAAGAAAAAAAUACUCGAUAAAUAUGAUUAUUCUAUGCUCAUUAUAAAUAAUAUAAAAAUGUAUUAUUCAACUAUUUUAUCAAAAAAUUUAUAUAUUAAUAAACUUAAUUUCUUUAUAAAUAUUAAACAAUUUUGUCAGAAAUAUACUACUUAUAUAUUGAAUAAUAGUAAUAAGUAUUGGUUAGAAAAUUAUUAUAAAAUAAAAUAUUUACAAAAUCAAAAAUCAAUUAAUCAAUCAAUAAUUGAUUUAUCUUAUUUUAAACAAAUGAAUGAUCUGAUCAUUAAUAGAAAUUUAUAUUCCGAUGUAAUAACAAAUAUGUUCACAUCUAAAGGUUAUAUAUAUGCAACAAAUAAUAAUGGAUUAACAUCUGAAAUGAAUUUAAGUAAUGCGAUGAAUCAACAAAAUCAUAAUGAAAAACAAGUCAUUCAAUAUGAACGAUAUCAGCGGAAUCAAUUACAGGAAUGUACACAUAUUAAUAGUCAUAGUUCUACAAGACAUUUAUCAGUGAUGAGAUCCAAAUGUUUACGUAGUGGUGUAGCUACAGAAGAAAAAAUUACUAUUGCUAGUAAUUCACUUAAGAAUUAUGUCAAGAGCUGUCAUUCACCUAAUCAAUUAUCUACCUCGUCUGUAAGAGUAGCAACAAGAAAGUCAAUAGGAAAUGUGAAUCAGUCAGAAAGAUUGAAAAAAUUUCAAAACUCUAAGCAUUUAGUUGAUAGCAUCUGUUCUUCAGAUGAUAACUUGGAUCAAAGUAGGCUAUCGAAUUCUGUAGCUAAAAAUAGUGUAUCUAUAAAUUCGGUUAUUGAUCAUUCAAAACGUACUUUGGUGAAACCUGACAUACUGUCCAAGAAACAAAUCAAUAAACAAGAUCCUAAUAAAACUUAUGAAAAAAACCGUCUACGUUUAACUGCUCGGUCACAUCAAAAUCAAUCACACACUGCGCUCCCGUCUAAAUCACAAGGAAAUGUGAAUCAGUCAGAAAGAUUAAAAAAAUUCCAAAACUCUAAGCAUUUAGUUGAUAGCAUCUGUUCUUCAGAUGAUAACUUGGAUCAAAGUAGGCUAUCGAAUUCUGUAGCUAAAAAUAGUGUAUCUACAAAUUCGGUUAUUGAUCAUUCAAAACGUACUUUGGUGAAACCUGACAUACUGUUCAAGAAACAAAUCAAUAAACAAGAUCCUAAUAAAACUUAUGAAACAAACCGUCUACGUUUAACUGCUCGGUCACAUCAAAAUCAAUCACAAAAACAGCACCCAGCAGUGAUAUUGCCGUCUUCUACCUCUUCUGUUAGUUAUAGAUUAUCGAAUGUAAAUCGGCCACAAUCUUCAACACCAUUAGGUAAACCUCGUACUUCAUGUUUAUCGAAUUCCAAAGUUAGUUCAAAUAAAUACUCAGUAAUCAGACGAACAAGUACACUACGGACUCUUUGUUUAUGCUUUUAUGCUGUAGAAAUUUAUCAUGAAGAUUUAUCUUUUACAUUCGCUUAUCUCCCUCAAUUGGUCCCUGAUGAUUUGGCUGGACAUGAAAUUACAACUGUAUCAAAUGGUUUCAGCUUGAUUAAAAAAUACACCCCAUUCUCUUUGAUUCACCAUGUCAAAUUACCAAUAAUGACUAAUUUUUCAUUGAAUUAUUUAACAAUACAGGAUAUUAUUCCCGAAAAUGAUAUCAAGCCGAUGUCUCCAUCAUUAUUUCAAGCGGAGUUUGAUUAUUCGUCAAUAACAACUGCGAGAUCAUUCAAUAAAGAAAUCCAGUCAAAUGUUCCUGAUCAAAUAGAUUUAGAUAAGAGUUGUUUAAAAGAGAAACAUAGCAGCGUAAUAUCGAGGAAAUCAUCUGAUUUAUUAAUCACUGAGCCAUCUUCAUCAACAUCACCAUCGUUGUCAUCAUCAGCGUUAUUAUUGAUGGAUUCAAAGAAUAAACAGUUAGUCUCCAAAUCAUACACUGCAAAGUCAACAGAUUAUUCUGUUGAUAAUGAUGACAUCACUUCAAAAAUAGUUAUUGAUAAAAACAAAAGAAGUCCUAUUAAACACAAUCCCGUUCAUAAAUUGUGUUCAAAUCCGUCGACUAUUGUCACUAAAACAUUUCAAUCUAAUUCUGAUGUGUAUGAUUUACUGUCUCAAGUUAAACUGAGUCUAAUCAAGGUGAAGCGUCAUUUAAAUGAACUGGACGCAUAUCAUGAUGAUGGUGACGACGACGACGAUAAGAGUGUUCAUUCUGUUGAUCAAGUUGGUGAAUCAUUAUCAUUAGCUCAUUUGGCUACAUCAUGCGAUCAGUUGAUAAAAUUCCUGGGUCAACUUAAAGCUUAUGAUUUUCGAAUAAAUUCUACGAAAUCUCUAUUGAAGUCAACUUUACCAAGUAGUAGUACAUCACUUGUUGUUACCACUGAUCAAGACGAACUAUUGAAUGAAUUGAAUAUUGUUUGGCGAAAACUGAUUGUAGGUACAAAAAAAUGGAUUUCGAAACUACAAUAUAAAUUUAUUUAUGAAAAAAGUUUAAACUAUUUAAUUAAUGAAUUUGAAAAACAUUUAACUUAUACAAAACAUCGUUUAGAUUAUUAUUUUCAACAUAUUCAUGUUAUAUUCUCUACUAAUAAUGAAAAAGAAAAAGAAGAAGGAAGUUUCAAUGAUGAAAAAAAAUUAAAUAAAUCAUCAGAAUCCAUUAUCACAUCAACGACAAGAUCAUCAUUAUUCUCUUCCACAUUCUCAUUAUCAACAUCACCAUCAUCAUCCUCUUCAUUAUCUGAAUUAUUAUCAUGUGCUCAAUUAUUGUAUACAAUUAAAUUACGAUUAAUUGAUUGGCUUAAUUAUACAACUUUAUUAUUAAUGUUAAUAAAAGAUAAUGAGAAGAAUGAUUGGUAUUCCAUAUUAGAUAAUGUAUUAUUACAAUCUAAUGAAGAAUAUAAUAAUAAUGAUAAUGAUAAUGAUGAUGUCGAUGUUAAUUCAUUGAAAAUUGAUCUUAUAAAACUUCAAAUAAAUUUCUUUCAUUUAUUAAAUUUAAAUAAAAAUUUAUGUUUAAAAUGUUAUCAAUUAUUUACAUAUUUAAAUAAUAAUAAUAAUAAAUUAUCAUUCAUUAAUAAUAAAAAUUAUUCUUUACAUAAUAUUGCUAAUCAUUUUAUCAUGGAAAAUCAAUAUAUUGAUUUAUCAUUAUUAAUUAAAGAUGAUUAUAUAAUGAAAUCUAAUUCACAAUUAUAUGAUGAUAAUGAUAAUAGUAGUAGUUCAGAAUGCUUUGAAUCUGAUCAUUUUUCAUUGAUAAAGAAAAACAAUCGUUCAAAUUUAUUGGAUAUAGAUUUGGUUUUAGCCAAUUCACAAUUAAACAACUUUAUCGUUUCUAAUUUAUCAUCAGACGAGUUAAACAAUAUUCAUCAAACCCCUAAAUCAAUAUACUUAAUUGCUAUGGUGAAACCAAAUUAUAAUAAUAUCAUUUUGAAAAAUAACAAUUUAUCAACUAUUGAGAGUAGAAUGCAAAGUGUACAUAAUGUCCAUGCUAAACCUUUGACAAAAUUAUUUGAUCUAAAACAAAUAACUGGUUUACAGUUUUAUCCUUACCCUGUUCUUCAUUAUGAUAGUAAUGAACAGUCUAAUUUCAGCAAUAAUCUGACAGAAUUAUCAAACAAUAAAAUUAAACAAAUUCAACUUCAUUUUAAUCUAACGAAUUCAAUGCAAAAUAUGUCGGAAAAAUCGAUCAUGCCAAUUAAUACAACUAUCAUCAGUAAUUUCAUGAAUUCAUCAAACUGCAUUUGUAUCAUCAGCACUUCUUAUAAAUCAAGUAAAAUAAACAUAAAAAGUACAUUUAAAAUAUCUUACAAAAGAAAUGUUCAUUUAAACGAUGAACUAUUAAUAAAUUCACCAUUGAAUCAAAUGUCUACAAUAUUGAACAGAAAUAUUUAUGAAAUCAAUUGCGCCAAUAAACAUCAUGAUAAUAAUGGUGCUUCUGAUCUUGAUCUUGAUGGUGAUGAUGAUGAUGAUCAUAAUAAUUCAUUACGUUAUUCAAUUAAUACUGUAUUUAAAAACAACUAUGAUCACUGUAAAUUAUUUAUUCAAAAAAAACUAUUACAAAACAGUUUACCAUUUAUGCGUAAUAAUAAACCUCAUUUAUUUCCUGUCUAUAGUUCACCUUCAACAUCACCAUCAUCACCUCUUCCACUGCCUGGUUCUAGUGUUCAUUAUUCACAUUAUCAGAACAGAAGUGUUUUGUAUAGAACAACAUCAUACUUAUCUAAGCGUUUAUGUAGUAGUAUAUUCACGAAAUUGUUAUCAUAUUUUAUUUCCUUGUGUAUAGUAUUAUAUCUUAUUAAUUUUCUGGUAAAGUCUUCAUUUUCUCUACCAGAUAAUCUGUUAGUUAUACAUAAAGAAGAUUGUAGACAGCAGACAUCUUCACAAAUAUUCUUUUAUUCAUUAUUGUCAUGGAUUAAACGAAUAGGCGUGGACGGUGUUGGUGUACCACGAAGAAAUGUCAGCUUACUUAGUGAAAAUCCAUUGACUAGAACGUGGCCAGAUAAUGCACCACCGUUUUAAACUAAAAAUCAUACAAAUAUUCAAUAACCUUAACAUGUGUAUGAAUGUUCGAUGAAUAUCACUAUAUAUGGUUGAUUAGAAUGUGAAAGAAAGCAUUUUUUUAGUUUAUGGGAUUGUACGUCUCAUUUCUUCCCAUUUAUGCACAUAUGGAAAUAUAUGUAAUAAUAAAAACGCAAUCAGUAUACCUUUGUUUUACUUCUCAUUCAAAAAAUUUUCUGUUCAUUUUGAAAGAGUAUCGAAAUUUACAGCAUGUAUGUUAUCAAUCAUAUCGUGAUUAUACAGUAGUUUUUUAAUCAAAUUCAUCAAUUGCAUACUAAUCUAUUCAACAGUACUAUACUUGAAGAGAUCACGAGAUUACCUAGAAAUCGGCGAACGGAACGAAGGAUCAGCGAAACAACGACAAAAAAGCUAAACUAUUCCAAUGCGUCCAGCCCCGCUAACUAGAGGGAGAAGUUCAGGUUCAUAUGAGGGAAAGUAUAUUCCACAGGCAGCCAGGAGCACGAAUAACAACAACCAUACGACUAAAGCGUAUAUACACAGUGUAAAAAUGUCUUUGGGAAACGUCACAACAUAGCAUAUUAAAAGAGGCAACCAACCAAUGACAUUUCAUCCAUCUGGAGAAGUAGUUUUCUUCAAUAGGUUAUCUCCUAUAAUGGCUUAAAAUGUGAUAUAUAUAUAUAUAUUCUGAACAUGUGAAUUUAAAUUAAGAGUACUAUAACCUGGGUGGAUAAGAUAUUCAAAAAGCUAUUUCAUCACCGUACAAUGAAUUAAUAAAUAAUAGUGCUUUUGCACUAAAUUAGAGUAGUUGUUUCUAAAUUCACUUUUUGAAGGUUGUUGGUUUACAUAUUAUGAAAUCAAAAGUAUGCGCUGUUGAGAAAAAUAACAGGAACUUUUUAAGUUUAAUAGACCAACCUCUUACCAUAUAAGUCUUCACAGAUAUAUAUAUUUGAAUAACAGACGAAAUUAAAAGGUAGAAAUAAAAUUGGAGGUUCACUGUCAAAGUUUGCCUACCAAUUACAGAAACCAAAAGAUACCUUUAUAGUUAGCUCUGGACAUUGAUUUUUAAAGGCUUCUAGUUCGAAGAAAACUAGAGGUAAAAUUAACACAUCCAAUCAGUCGAUAAAUUGAUUGAUUUUUAUGUCUAGAUUUGUUAGCAGCUUCAGAUUAGCUGUUUUUUGUCGUCAUGAUAGCCGUGGUGAGAAGUUUAAAACGUUGGCUGACAGUUCACAAUGGUACAGAUGCAUUCACUUUAUAUCGCCCGUAAGUGUUCCUUGAAUUUAUCCCUUGUUUUCUAUUCUUAUUCUUCAUUGUUUAAUCUUUCUCACCGUUACUAAUACUACCAUUAUUUCAACUCUUAUUAUUCAUCUUGUUAAUUCGUCGUGUCAUUGUGAUAAUGACUAAUUGAUAUAUAUAUAUUCAUGAUUCACUGAUUUCCAAUGUCAUCUUUAUUCAAAGUGAAACUUAUCUGUAAAUAUUUCCGGUUUGUCAAAAGUUUAUUUUUUUUUAAAGUCAUAAAAUAUUCUGUUUCUAUUCAUGGUCCAAAAUCGAGGAGAGUGAAAUAUCAAUACUUUUAUACUUUUAAACUGAUUGUUAACUAACUAGAUGCUAUUUGAUGUUACAUUAUCUAGACCUUGGUAUUUACUGCAUUUUAUCUAUCACCUAUGAAUAGAAUAUAAAUUGGUUAAAAACACCACAUUUUAUCUAUGUAAAUAAAUUAAAUAAAAAUUAUUGUACAUG